AUUUUUGUUUUUGUAUUGUUGCUCUUUUUGUGCUUAAAAGUAAAUAUUUUACCCUCAUAAGAGGUGAUUGUUGUUUUAUUCAGUGUUUUUAUUCACUAUCAGCAAACACUAACAGCAUGAAGCCACUGACACACACAUUUUCUCUCGCUCUCUCUUUCUGUCACACACACACUCGUCUCUUCACUCCAGCAGGUGAAUCUGCAUCUCCUGUGAGGCGAUCUUCAGCUAAAUCUGCAGCAUCUCGUUGUGUGAUGUCAGAGCGGGCGGAUCACCUGCUGGACUGCAGUCCACUGAUCAGUGCCGCUGAGCAGGGGAAACUGCGUCUGGCACGGCUGCUGGUGGAUGGAGGAGCGCAGGUCAACCAGAGGAAUCACCAUGGAGAAACACCGCUGCUGGCCGCAUGCAGAGCGCUACGGGCCGGCCAGACUGCAGGGUCCAUGCUCAGGAUCAUCCAGUUCCUGCUGAGCCACCACGCAGAUCCCAACAUCCAGGAUAAAUCGGGGCGCACGGCUCUGAUGUACGCCUGCAUGGAGCGCGCCGGGCCGGAGGUGGCGGAGGCGCUAAUCACAGCGGGUGCGGAUCCCAGUAUGGAGGAUUACUCUGGAGCAUCUGCGCUGGUUUACGCAAUAAACGCUCAGGAUCAGGACACGCUCACGGUGCUGGUCGAUGCGUGCAGAUCUCGAGGGCGCGAUAUUAUCAUCAUCGCUACAGAUUUGAGUAGCGACGGCAGUACUGUGACACGCCGCUACCUGAACGUUCCUCCAUCCCCGGACAGCUCGCCCGUCUCCUGCAUGUCACCUUCAGAUAUUGAGCUGAAGACGAACUCUCCGAACUCUGACGGGGAAAACAUCUUUAACUUCCGCGGAGGGGGGCCGGCGUCCCCAGUGCUGCCCCCUAGGAGCAGAGGCCGACAGCGGCUGCGCUCGGAGCCGUGGCUCGCCAUCCAGAACCUGGAGCAACUCAGCCAGACCUAUGAGAAGAGGCUGGAGGAAGAGGAGGAUCAGGACGGGGAUCAGGGGGAUCUCUUAUUCAGCCAGUGUUCCCCGUUAGUUCCUGAAUCAGGAAAUGGCCAGAAGCUCGGAGCUACCGGAACGAAAUAUUCGAUGCCUUCAGAGCGAUUGCAGAGCAGGAGAAACACCCUACCGGAUCUCCUCCAGCCGCCCACCCUCAGGCUCACACUCUCAGGGUCCGACACACACCUGCACCAGCCCGGAGGCUCCAGGUUCCCCUCCAUAUACAGGACCAGCUCGCUGUUCCUGGCUCCUCCAGACGGGCUUCACGACUUCCACAUGGCCAACAAGAAGAAGUCUCGAGAGCAGAAGAGGAGUCAGACUCACGCCGGGUUUUUGCCCCCAAUUUCCGUGCGCUCGAGUGUGAACACACCCUUGCGGAGUGAACAGAAACAGUAAAAAGACACUUCUACAAUUUAAUAUUCUAUCCCUAAUUUAAUCAGACAUAGACCUUAAAGUGGGACGCCUCAACUUUGACCCAUAAAUAAGGCAAUGACAGUCUCCCACAUGAAAAAAAUACUAUAGACAUUUAUAGGAAAUACUUUAGUGUUUGUUAACCAUACAAUAGCUGAAUCUGUUGUGGUAGUGCUAUACGGUUAUUUCACGCUGCCACCAUGUAAAAACACGAAAGCCAGGCAAGAAGAAACCAAUGCCCAGGCAAUAUAAGCCAAACCAAGGCAAUAUAUCUGAUGCAAAAAAAUAUACAAAUAAAUAAAUAAAAUAAGGAUGCUAGCUUUCUGUAACUCAGAUGACCACAAUAAGCUAUUUUGGAUAUUAGAACCGUGGAUAUUAAAGAUAUCAUAUCAUUAGGGAUUUAUGGUCAGCUAAAGUUCUAAAGAACCGUUUUAAAGGUAAAACUCUAUUUAAAGUAUUUAUUAUUAAGCACUUAUUUUGGAAAUAUAGCAAAUGUUUUUUUGUUUUGCUGAUUUUUGCAGCCAGUUUCUACUUUAACUUCAUUUUGUAUACUUGCAGGACUUAUAUGUG